AUGUUGAUGAAAGGAAAUCUCUUCAAUGCACCAGUAGAGAACCCCCAGAAGGUCCUUGACCUAGGGACGGGGACGGGAAUCUGGGCGAUCGACUUCGCGGACGAAUUCCCAAGCGCACAUGUUGUUGGUAACGAUAUCAGCCCCAUACAGCCCUCAUGGACACCCCCGAAUGUCGAUUUUUUCGUGGAUGACUUUGAGAGCGACUGGCUGGAGAAACUGAACGCUUAUGAUUUUGUGCACUCCCGGAACCUUGCAGGAUGCGUCAUGGACUGGCCUCGUCUCAUCCGACAAGCGUACACACAUCUCAAGCCAGGCGGGUACCUCGAGCUCCAGGAAAGCGCCGUAUGGGGCUGGAGUGACGACGGCUCUCUGACCGACGGCUCACCUAUGAUGCAAUACCUGAUGGCUCUCGACGACGCCGGAAAAAGAAUAGGCAGAGACCUCAACAUAUACCAGCACUUGACAAGAUGGCUGAUUGACUGUAGCUUCGAGGAUGUGCACGAAGCGACGUAUUUUCUUCCGUUCUCGCCAUGGCCCGAGGACCCUAACUUGAAAGACAUUGGCAAAGUACAGGCAAAAAUGGUUCAGGAUGCCAUCGAGGCUUAUGGGCUGCGAUUGUGCACGCAGGUUCUGGGCUGGAGUCCGGACCAGACGAAGAUCUUGCAGGGGUUGGUAAGGGAGCAGCUGAAGAAUCCGAGGUUACAUUCGUAUACAAAGAUUCGAGUUGUUUAUGGGAGAAAGCCCGUUCAUUAA